GCGGGUUUCGGGGCGGGGCGAGCGAGGGCCCGGCCCCGGUGCAUGGCGGUCCGGCGGAGGACUCGGCCCCGUUGCCUCAGUAUAGGACAACCUCACACUUUAAAGUACUUGGAAGCCUUUCCUGCAGAUCCUGGAGGAUGCGAAGGCCUUGGACCUGGUGUUUACCCUCUCUAAAAAGGGCUUGCACCAAAGGAGCCCCCUGGCUGUCCCACAGCACGGGUGCUCUCUAGGAGCACACUGCCUGAGCUGAGCUUCAUGUCUGAGGAGCAGCCAUCGGGGCAGGAUGGAGAGCUUGGCCUUGCAAGCAGUGACCCUUAGUGAUGGGACCACAGCCUAUGUCCAGCAGGCUGUCAGAGGUGAAAAGCUGAUUGAAGGGCAAGUGAUUGAACUUGAAGAUGGGACCACAGCUUAUAUCCACCAGGUGACAGUUCAGAAAGAGUCUGUGCCUUUUGAGGAUGGUCAGCCCGUGGUGUUGGAGGAUGGCAGCAUGGCCUACAUACACAACACAGAAAGUUAUGACCCCAGCACCUUUGAGGCCAUCCAGCUGGAGGAUGGUUCCACUGCCUACAUACACCAUCCUGUCCUCAUGCCACCUGGCAGCACCAUCCUGGAAGUGCAGGCAGAAGCUGGACUGGAGGAGCUGGCUGGAGAGGAGGAAGAGGAUGCCUUUGAUGUUGAGACCAUGAGUGCAUUAAAGGAGUACACCAGUAAGGUGUCUGAUGAGGAAGAGGAGGGAGUGACAGGCACCUGCCAUCUGGGGAGUGAGGAUUCCAGUGACCUCCCUGCCCAGCAGGAUUUGCAGGAGGAGGAAGUGCCCAGCCCAGAGAAGGGGCAGGGGGUUGGCAGCAGAGCUUUCCAGUGCGGGUACAAGGGCUGCGGUCGCCUCUACACCACUGCCCACCACCUGAAGGUACAUGAACGUGCUCACACAGGUGACCGGCCAUACACAUGUGACUUCCCAAGCUGUGGGAAAGCAUUUGCUACAGGGUAUGGGCUGAAGAGCCACGUGAGGACUCAUACUGGUGAGAAGCCAUACAAGUGUCCAGAAGACAUGUGUAGCAAAGCCUUCAAAACCUCUGGGGAUCUGCAGAAACACAUCAGGACACACACAGGGGAACGUCCCUUCAAGUGUCCCUUUGUGGGCUGUGGCCGCUCCUUCACCACCUCCAACAUCCGCAAGGUUCACAUCCGCACCCACACGGGCGAGCGGCCCUACCUGUGCCCAGAGCCCAGCUGUGGCAGGGGCUUCACCAGUGCCACCAACUACAAGAACCACAUGAGGAUCCACACAGGAGAGAAGCCCUACCUGUGCACAGUGCCGGGCUGUGGGAAGCGUUUCACCGAGUACUCCAGCCUCUACAAGCACCACGUGGUGCACACGCACUGCAAACCCUACACCUGCAGCAGCUGUGGGAAGACCUACCGUCAGACCUCCACCCUGGCCAUGCACAAGCGCAGCAGCCACGGCGAGCUGGAGGCCACCGAGGAGAGCGAGCAGGCCCUCUACGAACAGCAGCAGCUGGAGGCUGCUGCUGCAGACAAAGGCCCCCCCCUGGAGAGCCAGCACAUUGCUUUCCUGUCAGAGAUGGAGGAAGAUGAAGAGGAAGAUGCCAGUGGUGUGUCCACACAGGUCUCACUUCUCUCUCAGGAUGGAACAGAGCAGGUCAGUCUGUCACAGGAGGAGCUGCAGGCCCUGGGCAGUGCCAUCAGCAUGGUGACACAGAGCAGUGCCCUCCUGCCUGAGGAGGAGCUGGCAGGUGGUGACACACACCCCGUGGCCGUGGCCAGCGCGGGCGGCCCCGGGACGCAGCCGGUUGCCAUAGUCACUUCUGGGGCAGCCGUGUCUGAAGAAUCAGCCAUCACCACGUCCCUCUGUCAUCAGCAGGUGGCAUUGCUGGCUACCCCCAGUGGCACCCACAUCACAGUGCAGCUGGAAGAGCAGCAGAGCCUGGAGGCAGCCAUCAGCCUGGCCACAGCAGCCAUCCAGCAUGAACCUGUCACUCUCGAGGCAGCCGUGUCACCAAAUGGGUGCUGAGACCCUGCAGAGCCUCCCAGGCAGGGAGGGCUGGCAGCUUCUGGCCCAUUCCCCACAGGAGCAUGGGGAUCUGCUGGGCCAGUGGCUCAGGAGCAAAGGAAGGUGUCCAGGAGCAGCAUCUGGAGUCUACACCAUGCUGGGAGCUGGUGCCAGCAGUGUGGGGCUGCUGGGGUGACCCUCUUCCAAGGGCUUUUCUCUCCAAGAAGAGAUGUUGAAGAUACUUGGGUGCUGCCUUCUCCUGCAGGCUCUUCUGUUUGCCUGCAACUUUCCUGCUCCUCACCUUGGGCACUAACUCCCUCUGUCUGGACCAGUGUCUUCUAGUAUUCCUUCAUGGCUAAGAUUUCCAAGACCUGCUGCCAGUCUUCUGCAGUGGGGGUGGAGCCACAGAGAUUUCAGCAGUCUCUGGGAGUGCAAACAUUAUUUUUUUUGGAGAGGCAUGUCCCACCCUCUUCCUUUAGGAAUGGUCCAGCAGCUCUCCCCUUUCCUGCCCACCCCUCCAGGUAAGGGACAAGUGGGCAGCGUGUUCACAGAAGCAAUAAAGCCCCCCCAAGAGCAAGGCCAGCUUGUCCUAGGCUGGGGGGCUGGAGUGGUGACUGGUUCCUGACACUGGAGUGAGCUCCUGGCCUGGAUCCAAUAACAACUCUCCCAUCUCUUUAUCACACUCCUCUCUCCAGCAAACUUCCUUGGCAGUCUCAAACCCAGUGGAAUGAAGCCAACCAGCACUUGUUGAGGCCUGAGCUAGACCUAGGUGUAAAUACUGAGUUGAAAUAAAAACUGAUCCAAAA